UACGCACGCACGUUACCGGAGCCAUGGCGGGUAGCCUCCGUUCGGUGUUGCCGCUUCUCUCCGCCGUGCUCCUCUCGUGCUGGUGCGGCAUUGCCGGCGCGGCGCGGCCUGUGCCACCGGACAUCCGUGGCGGCGGAAACGCGAGCUUCGUGACCGCAUGGUGCGCAGGGACAGAGUACCCGGCGCUCUGCAACGCAACGCUCUCCCCGUACGCGGCCACAGUGGGGGCAAGCCCGACGCGGCUGGCGUGCGCCGCGCUGAACGUGACCCUCGGCGGCGCGCGGAACGCGACGAAGGCCAUGAAGGGGAUGGCGGCGGGAGGCCAGCUGGCGCCCGCGGCGGCGGAGGCGGCGCGGGACUGCGUCAGCAUGCUCGGGGACGCGGUGGGCCUGCUGGGGCAGUCGGUGGAGGCGAUGGCGGAGGCGGCGGCGGAGGAGGAGGGGCAGGCGCCGCAGCCGUCGAGGAGGAUGGCGAGGUUCCGCGUCGACAGCGUGCUGACGUGGGCCAGCGCGGCGCUCACCGACGGCAACGUGUGCAUGGACGGGUUCAAGGGCCAGGCGGCCGGCCACGGCGGCGUCAGGAAGGCCGUGCGUCGCCACGUCCUGGGCCUCGUGCACCUCAGCGCCAAUGCGCUGUGCAUUGUCAACGCCAUGGCCAACCAAGCGCCGCCGUGACGCCGCACCUGAGUCGUGCCCUGUGUCAUUGGGUGAACAUCAUGUAUACCGUACUUUAGUACCUCCAUCGAUCGGUGUGUUCCUUUUUUGCACCGUACGAGCAUGUAUCUAUGUGCACGUGUCAUUUCUCGUUUUGCA